UUGCAGGACUUUGUCGACCUCACUUUGUCAAAAACUCAGAGAAAGACGCCGACAGUUAUACACAAAAAUUAUCAGAUUAACCGAAUCCGGCAUUUUUAUAUGAGAAAAGUCAAAUUUACACAGCAGAAUUACCACGAUCGGCUCUCCCAGAUUCUCACAGACUUUCCUAAACUGGACGAUGUGCACCCAUUUUAUGCAGAUUUAAUGAAUGUCCUGUAUGACAAAGACCAUUACAAACUGGCUUUGGGACAGAUAAAUAUCGCUAAAAACCUAAUUGACAAUGUGGCCAAGGAUUAUGUGAGGUUGAUGAAAUAUGGGGAUUCUUUAUAUCGCUGCAAACAGCUGAAACGAGCCGCUCUGGGGCGCAUGUGCACCAUUAUCAAAAGGCAGAAGCAGAGUUUGGAAUAUCUGGAGCAAGUUCGCCAACAUCUGUCCCGAUUGCCAUCUAUUGACCCUAAUACACGAACCUUGCUGUUGUGUGGCUAUCCAAACGUCGGCAAGUCCAGCUUUAUAAAUAAGGUAACCAGAGCAGACGUAGAGGUGCAGCCAUAUGCAUUUACCACCAAGUCAUUGUUUGUGGGACACAUGGAUUAUAAAUACCUCCGCUGGCAGGUAGUGGACACACCAGGUAUUCUGGAUCACCCCCUGGAGGAGAGGAACACCAUUGAGAUGCAAGCUAUCACCGCUCUGGCUCACCUUCGUGCUGCUAUCCUCUAUGUAAUGGACAUCUCGGAGCAGUGUGGACACACCAUAGAGGAGCAGCUGGAGCUCUUCAAUAACAUCCGUCCUCUGUUUGCCAAUAAGCCUUUAAUUAUUAUUUUGAACAAGUGUGAUGUGAAGAGGGUCUCAGAACUGGGCGAGGAACAGCAGAAAAUCUUCAAGGACUUUGAAAAUGAAGGGCUGUCAGUGAUGGAGACCAGCACCCUGACCGAGGAAGGUGUGAUCCAAGUUAAAACAGAGGCAUGUGACCGAUUAUUAGCCCACCGAGUGGAGACCAAGAUGAAGGGAAAUAAAGUGAAUGAUGUGCUCAAUAGGCUUCACUUGGCCGUACCAACCAAGAGAGAUGAUAAGGUAAGGCCACCUUUCAUUCCAGAGGGCGUAACGAUCAGGAAAAAACGAAUGGACACGGAUGCUCCUAAGAAGAAAUCGGAGAGAGACAUCGAACUGGAGAUGGGGGAUGAUUAUGUCUUGGACCUGCAGAAAUAUUGGGAUCUAAUGAAUCCAUCCGAGAAGCAUGAUAAGAUCCCAGAAAUCUGGCAGGGUCAUAAUAUCGCAGAUUACAUUGAUCCGGAUAUCAUGAAGAAACUGGAGGAACUGGAGAAAGAGGAGGAGUUGAAGGAAGCAGCCGGAGAAUAUGACAGUGAUGUUGAGAGUGAGGAUGAGGAAAUGGCCGAAAUACGACAGCUUGCUCAACAGAUUCGGGAAAAGAAAAAACUGAAGAUCCUUGAGUCAAAGGAGAAAGAUACACAGGGCCCACGAUUGCCAAGAACUGCUAAGAAGGUCCAACAGAAGACAUUAGAAAAAGAAAUGAAUGCAUUGGGUCUUGAUCUGUCUCCUGUGUUACAGACACAUUAUGCAGCACAAGCAAGGUCCAGAAGCCUCCAGAGAAAGCGCAAACGUGAAGAGUCUGAGCCACCGACAACUGUUGCCCACAGCCGAAGCAGCUCCAAGCCACCAAGAGACCAAUCUGGGAAUUCGUGA